AAAUAGCUAUGGGGUGGAAGACGGUAAACCUUCUAUAUGCGAAGAAAAGUUCAGCCUCACAUCAACAGAGUAUGCCCAGGAAGAUCUAUUAACGUGCAACGAUUCAAUCAUCAAUAUAAAAUACAGUGAUGAAUACAAAGUUCGGACUGACUUUUCAAUACUCUAUAAAAACAAGGUGUACAAUUAUACUGAGUAUCGAGUUCUGAAUGACAGCAUAAAGAUUUGUAACUCCACCGAUAACUACGUACGGAAUAUUUGGAAACUACGUAAUGAAUGGGUAAAGGCGACAAUGUAUGGAAAAAAUUGCAAUAAAUCCAAAUUCAUUUUGUUUUCCGGAGAGAAUUACGCUGUGAAUGAGCAGUUCACUGUGUAUUUGGGAAGUCGUGGUCAGUAUGUCACAAGGAAUGACUAUGGGGUGAUAGACCGUUACGGUAAACCUUAUACAUGCGAUGAAAAGUUCAGAACCGAAUCAACAGAGUAUACCAAGGAAGAUCUGUUAAUGUGCAACGAUUCAAUCAUCAAUAUAAAAUACGAUGAUGAAUACAAAGUUCGGAAUGACUUUUCAAUACUCUAUAAGAACAAGGUGUACGAUUAUACUGAGUAUCGAGUUCUGAAUAAUAGCGUAAAGAUUUGCAACUCCACCGAUAACUACGUACGGAAUAUUUGGAAACUACGUAAUGAAUGGGUAAAGGCGACAAUAGAUGGAAAAAGUUGCAAUAAACCCAUUACAUACAUUAAGUUCGAGCGAUGGGAAUACACUGUGCUUCAGAAUUUUGGAAUUCUGAUUUCGGCAACAAAGAAGCUGAUAACAAAGUACGAUUAUGGUGUAUAUGAAGGUAAACUUAUAACAUGUGUGACCGAAUGCGCCAAUUUUACCUUCACUAUAAACUAUGAAGAUGAAUACAUAGUAUGGAACAACUUCUCAAUGAUGUACCAAGGUCGAAUGUACUCUUAUGAUGAGUACAGAAUAACGGACGAUGGUCUACAAGUUUGUAAUUCAUCUGACCGUCUCAUUAAAGAAAAAUGGCGGAAUAUUAUUGUUUCAGAAAAGAUAACGUUUGCUUUCAAACAAUGUGAUGCAUCUGUGGACGGUUUUUACUCCGAAAAUUACACAUUACAUACAAACUUUACUGUUUUCUUCAAACCUACCAAUCAAAAUUUCACAAGACAAGAUUACGGAGUGAUUUGGGGGGUAUUUUGCAAUUUGUUCAGCAAAGCUCAUAUUGUCCUGCAAUGAUGAUUUGGUCAAAGUAAAGUACGGUGAACCAUACAAUGUUUUUAAAAACCUUUCGCUUGUUUACCGGAAGAUGUACGAUUAUCGCGAAUAUCGAUUAAAUCACGACAGUCUUGAAAUGUGUGGUUCCAAUGAUUCAAGAGUCCAAGCGAUUUGGAGAACGCGAAAUUCGUGGCAAAAGUCAUUACCCGCAUCCUGUUAUCGUUCUUAUAAAUUAAAUGCAAGAUACUACACUGUCACUAAGCAGUUUGUUGUGUAUUCGGCAGAUAACGGUCAAUAUUUCAAAAGAAAUGACUAUGCAGUGAUAGACGGUAAACCUUAUGUAUGUGGCAAAGAAAACUUAAGACCAAUUUACGUGAUUACAAACUUUAAGAUUAUUAUAGCACCAUUGUGUGCUUUAGCGCUUUCUAUUAUUUCUUUGCUAUUGUUGUUGAUAGUUUACUGCAUGCUUCCAGAACUGUGCACACUUCCUGGUUUGAAUUUAAUGAGUUUUAGCUUUGCCUUGCUGUUGUGGCAGACUUACCUUGUAGUAUUUUUGUCACUGUAUUCUCAUGUAGGUAAACUGUUUGAGAUAUGGUGUGCUAGGCUGUUUGUGGCAAAUAAGUUUAUGACGUAUAGCAUAAUUAUGAAUGCUGCAGUUAAUAUCUAUCACUUAAGGCGAACAUUUUGUGGGAAUACGCUAGUGAAAUCUGAUGAACUGAAGAAGUGGAACAGGUUUUUGAAGUAUAGUUUCUUUAGUUGGGGAGUUCCCAUCAUUAUAACAAUUGUUUACACUGUACUAGUAAAGGAAGAUGUUCUAAGGUUUUAUGAACCUAUUGCGUCGGUGAAGAACGAUGUUCAGUCUGGCUUAAAGUUUUAUCAACGCAUUGUAUCUGUGAAUGGAGAUGCAACAGCAAAUAAUAUAGGGAUUUAUCAUCAUAUUGCGUCCUUGAAGGAAGAUGUCCUUCGGUCAAAGUGGAGGUUAAAUCAAAGCACUGACACUGCACUUGAAGAUGCCCAGUCGAGGUUCAAUCAAAGCACUGUACUUGGGAAGGAAGAUGCGACGGAAGAUGAUGCAAGGAUUUAUCAACCUAUUGUAUCUUUGAAGAAAGAUGUUCAGUCAAGUUUAAAGUUUUAUGAACGCAUUGUAUUCGCGAAUGGAGAUGGGAAGGAAGAUGAUGCAAGGAUUUAUCAACAGAUCUCAGGAGAUUGUAUCAAUGGUCGAAUUACUCCCGAUUGGUCAGCUGAUGUCGAUAUAUAUGGCCUUCAAGGUUGUCUUUUGUUGUACAUUAUUGGAAUGUUCAUCCUCACUGCUUAUCGAAUUCGCCAAAAACUCAAGGCAAGCAGGAACAUUGCACAGAAAUCGAAUAUUGUUAAGCGUCAUAAAUUUGUCAUAUUGCUCAAGCUGUCAACCACUACAGCCUUAACUUAUUGGUUUCCUCUCUUCAUAUCUAGAAUCGUGGAUUUUGAUUUCGACAUAAAGAUAGCGUUGUAUACUGUAACGUUGCUUACUGGUGCCUACAUUGGUAUUGCGUUUGUCUUCACACAAAGAAAUUAUCAGUUGCUGAAGAAAAAAUAUUUCCCAGCAAAGAAUAAGCCGCCAGUUAACGAAAUUCCGCUGAAUAGACUAUAG